AUGUGCUUGUUGCUGACACUAAAAGAAAUUUCGCUCCCAUUUUCUCUGCACUGCGACAUGCUACGAGGGCAAGUACGUCUCCGCCAAAUUUUCGGGAACGGUCUAUCCACGCGUCCGUCCUUCCUACCGUUAGGCAGGAGUGCACACGCAUCCCGCUAUGCCGCACGUCUUCCAGCGCUGCUACGGCCGAUACGCCUAGCCAGCACGAGACUGGCCAAGAAUUCGGGAGGCACCAAGGCGAGUUCUGAUUGGUCGAGAAUCUGA